AUCCCAUCAAUCUGCAAACAGCUAUCUGGAUUACAUGGUGGAACUAAGUGAAACAGUGGGGAAAUCAACUAGGCAACAGUUAUCCACAGAUGAUGUCACACGAUGGUCAGAGUCCUUUGAUGCACUUCUCUCCCACGAGCAUGGCUUGGCAGCCUUUAGAAAAUUUCUCAAGACAGAGUUCAGUGAUGAGAACAUUGAGUUCUGGAUGGCCUGCGAGGACUACAAAAAGAUCACGCCUCCUGAGAAACUGGGGACCAGAGCCAAUAAGAUUUACGAGGAGUUUAUCAAUGUUCAAGCACCUAGAGAGAUAAACAUUGACUUUCAUACCAGGGAGCUGACGAAACAGAACCUCGUGGAGCCAUCAACAUCCAGCUUCAGUGAGGCGCAGGCUCGAGUUUACAUGCUGAUGGAGAAGGAUUCAUACCCUCGCUUUAUACGAUCUAAGGUGUACAUGGACUUACUGAAUCAAACACAGACACAGUGUCAAAGUUCUGUUUUGUGCUCUGAAUAACAUUAUUUUAAUUUCAGAACUUCUAAAAGACAAAAUAGAACCGUGCUGUUAUCACAUUAACUUCUAUGUCAAUACAAAAGUAACAACGGAAAAAGCACAGUCACUAGAACACAUUUUUAAUGGUUUUUGCAAUUUGGUCAAAACAAAACACACCUUUCCCGAAUAGUCUGUCACCAUAUCACAAUGAGGAAUGUUUUUUCCAUGGAAAGAUAUAUUGGUGGAAAUCAAGGUCCCAGCCAAUAAACAUGCGUAAUUUCA